CUUUUGCUUUGGUUUCUGAAGAUACAAAGAAAGAGGUCAAGCAAUCUAAGAAUUUGGAGAAAGGUGGUAUCUCAAGGAAGAGUGACGUAGGUGAAGAUCGCUGUGCAAAUGUUCUGGUCUCUCCCGAAGACACGGGGAGAACACUUUUCAGAUUGACAUAGUGGCUCAUGAUUUGUAUUGGAAACGACAACUCGUAUGUUAGAUUUGAUGUCCUUGGCCACCAUUUGAUUUAAAAGGAAUUGUAUUUGUCAUCCAGAGUCAAAGUAAUUCUUUUCAUGCAAAGAGAGCAGAACAGUUAAAACAAAGCAUCUUAAAGCAAGCGGCAAAUCUUACACAGGAACUCCCAAGAGUCCUCCUUCUUCAUCAGAUGUCUAAGCAGGAGGGUGCAUGGACCAUACUUCCGUUGUUACCACACUUUUCUGUAACGUAUAGCAGAAAUUCAUCAUGGAUUUUCUUCUGUGAAGAAGAGACAAGAAUACAAAUUCCAGAACUCUUAGAAACACUCAGAAGAUAUGACCCAUCCAAGGAAUGGUUUUUAGGGAAAGCAUUACAUGAUGAAGAAUCUACAAUAAUUCACCAUUAUGCCUUUUCUGAAAAUCCUACCGUUUUUAAAUAUCCAGACUUCGCUGCUGGCUGGGCUCUUAGUAUUCCACUUGUAAACAAGCUUACCAAGAGGUUAAGGAGUGAAUCCCUGAAAUCUGACUUCACAAUAGAUUUAAAACAUGAGAUUGCCCUCUACAUCUGGGACAAAGGGGAUGGGUGUCCCCUCACGUCAGUGCCCGAGUUUUGUACAGAUGCUGUGAAUGCCUACUGUGCUACCACGUUGCAUUCUUUCCUACCACUUUGUGGACAUCCAGUGAAGAAAGAGGAUAUAUUUUUCGCAGUAAAAACAUGCAAGAAAUUUCAUGGUGAUAGAAUCCCCAUUGUAAAGCAGACCUGGGCAGGACAGGCAAGUCUCAUUGAAUACUACAGUGAUCACGCAGAAAGUUCUAUUCCUACGGUAGAUCUGGGGAUUCCUAAUACAGAUAGAGGUCAUUGUGGAAAGACAUUUGCCAUUUUGGAAAGAUUUUUGAAUCACAGCCAUGACAAAAUAGCAUGGUUAGUCAUUGUGGAUGAUGACACGUUAAUAAGCAUCUCCAGGCUCCAGCACUUGCUUAGCUGUUACGACUCCAGCGAACCACUGUUUCUGGGAGAGCGUUACGGCUACGGCCUGGGCACUGGAGGCUACAGCUACGUCACGGGAGGAGGAGGAUUAACGGUCUCCAGGAGCUGCUCUAACCCCUUUCUCUGUCUGCUCUGGCUUCCCACUAGAAUGGUCUUCAGCAGAGAAGCAAUCAGGAGACUUCUCGCCAGUAAGUGUCGCUGCUACAGCAAUGAUGCCCCCGAUGAUAUGGUCCUGGGAAUGUGCUUUAGUGGGUUGGGAAUCCCUGUGACACACAGCCCUCUCUUCCAUCAGGCCCGGCCCGUGGAUUAUCCUAGGGACUACCUUUCUCACCAAAUUCCCAUAUCUUUUCAUAAACACUGGAACAUCGAUCCGGUAAAGGUAUAUUUCACGUGGUUGGCACCCAGUGAGGAAGACAAAGCCAGGCAGGAGACACAGAAAGGCUUUAAGGAAGAGUUAUAAAGCGUGCUGGCCUAUGAGCACAGUUUGGUUACGAGACCGGAGUGGAGGCCGGCAUCGUCCUGCGAGCUGUGACCACAUUGCUUCCAUGUGCCACAUGGCAUUGGGAGACUCUGACUUUAGGUGGAAAUUAUGUAUAUGGUAUUUUUUGAAGGGGGGGGGGAGGAAACAGAGUCGUAGGGGAAACAGAUUUUUUUUUUUUCUGGGAAAAAUCACUUGCUUUUUGCAUUAUGCGGUUAUUGUAAUAUACAGUGAUUACUGUGUAUUUUUCAAGCUGUGAUACAGCAGCUUUAUUACUGUCACAGAAAAAUAAAUGGUACCAGAAGUCUC